GUGGGUGGGGGUUGUGUUGGGCGUGGGGGUGGGCCUGCAGGGCAGGUUGGCAGUGUUGAGGGGCCGACCCCAGUUCUCUGGAGCAAGGGAGCGCAGCAGGACCCACAGAGGAGUUGUGCGCCAGCUCGCAGGCAGAUCCAGCAGGCCACAGCCAGGAGCAAGGGAGCAAAACAGGUUGCAAAGAGGUGGAAGGGAGCCUGGUUCGCUGCCCCCCAACUCCACCCCACCCCACCCCAAGCGAUAGAAGGACACAAGUUGCUGAGUGGAUGAGUCGGCUGCUCUCCAGUGACAGGCCCAGUAGAAGAGCAAAGGGGUGAGGGAAUGAGACAGGCCCAGUGGAGGAGGAGUACCAGAGCGAGGGAACGGGACAGGCCCAGCGGAGGAGUGUGGGAGCGAGGGAACGAGACAGGCCCGGUGGAGGAGGCGCACCGGAGUGAGGGAACGAGACAGGCCCGGUGGAGGAGGAGUACCAGAGCGAGGGAACGAGACAGGCCCAGCGGAGGAGUGUGGGAGCGAGGGAACGAGACAGGCCCAGAGGAGGAGGCGUACCUGGUGGAGGAGGAGCACCGGAGCGAGGGAACGAGACAGGCCCGGAGGAGGAGGAGCGCCGGAGCGAGGGAACGAGACAGGCCCGGAGGAGGAGGAGGAGGAGCGAGGGAACGAGACGGGCCCGGUGGAGGAGGAGCACCGGAGCGAGGGAACGAGACGGGCCCGGUGGAGGAGGAGCACCGGAGCGAGGGAACGAGACAGGCCCGGUGGAGGAGGAGCGCCGGAGCCAGGGAACGAGACAGGCCCGGUGGAGGAGGCGCGCCGGAGCGAGGGAACGAGACCGGCCCGGUGGAGGAGGCGCGCCGGAGCGAGGGAACGAGACAGGCCCGGUGGAGGAGGCGCGCCGGAGCGAGGGAACGAGACAGGCCCGGUGGAGGAGGAGCGCCGGAGCCAGGGAACGAGACUGGCCCGGUGGAGGAGGAGCGCCGGAGCCAGGGAACGAGACAGGCCCGGUGGAGGAGGAGCGCCGGAGCCAGGGAACGAGACAGGCCCGAUGGAGGAGGAGUGCCGGAGCGAGGGAACGAGACAGGCCCGGUGGAGGAGGAGCGCCGGAGCCAGGGAACGAGACAGGCCCGGUGGAGGAGGAGCGCCGGAGCCAGGGAACGAGACAGGCCCAGAGGAGGAGUAGUACCGGAGAGAGGAAAUGAGACAGGCCCAGGGGAGGAGGAGCGCCGGAGCGAGGGAACGAGACAGGCCCGAUGGAGGAGGAGUGCCGGAGCGAGGGAACGAGACAGGCCCGGUGGAGGAGGAGCGCCGGAGCCAGGGAACGAGACAGGCCCGGUGGAGGAGGAGCGCCGGAGCGAGGGAACGAGACAGGCCCGGUGGAGGAGGAGCGCCGGAGCGAGGGAACGAGACAGGCCCGGUGGAGGAGGAGCGCCGGAGCGAGGGAACGAGACAGGCCCGGUGGAGGAGGAGUACCAGAGCGAGGGAACGAGACAGGCCCAGGGGAGGAGGAGUGCCAGAGCGAGGGAACGAGACAGGCCCAGGGGAGGAGGAGUGCCGGAGCGAGGGAACGAGACAGGCCCGGUGGAGGAGGAGCGCCGGAGCCAGGGAACGAGACAGGCCCGGUGGAAGAGGAGUACCGGAGCCAGGGAACGAGACCGGCCCGGUGGAGGAGGAGUGCCGGAGGGGGGACCACAAGGAUCCACUGGCCUGGCUCUCACUCAGCUCUGCCCAGUCCCCGCUGACGGUUGUGGGGCGGAUGCACUAUCGAAGGGCGUCUCAGGAGACCCACGCAGAUUCUCCACAUCGGAGAGGGAUGUGGAUUGUCCCAGCCGGAGAUCUCUGCCUGGGGAAGAGGUUCAGCCCAGCGAGGAGACAUCGCUAAUUCUCCUGCCUCUGAUCACUGAGAAAGCAGGGAGAGACUCGCUACCCCAGCCCUCGGGGGGCCCUGUGGUGACCCGCUGCCCUGAGCGCUGGAGGGACCAGGCUUUGCUCCCUGUGCCCCCGGUGCCUCCGGCCCGGCGGGGAAAGCAGCGUCUGGCCUCCACCGCGUCUGUCUGCAGCCACCAGAGCUGUAAAUCCACCGCCUCGCACAUCCAGGAGGUAGCUGGGGAUGACCGCUGUGCUCACUGCGCCCUGGCCUGCCUGUUCUGCGAGUUCCUGGCGCUCUGCUCCCUGGUGCUGGAUGGGAUGGGCUGUGGGGCGCUGUGCCUUGCGGGGGGGUGCUGUGCCAGGGGGGACCCCCCAGGUCAGGGCUGCGGAGGAGGCGGCUGCCCCUGCAGAGGGGGGUGCGGGCUCCUCCAGGACUGCUGCAACUCCGCCGACUGCCUGGAAAUCUGCCUGGAGUGCUGCUCCAUCUGCUUCCCCAGCUGACCCAGGGCUGGGGCUCAGCCCCCCCAUCCCAAAGAAUCCCCCAAUUAGGUAAGGGCCCUCGCCCCUCAUGAUCCCACCCUAUUCCUGUCUGGUCCUAAUCCUGGCUCUCUAUGGGCUAAGCCCCACCCCAUACAACCCAGCCGGUGAUGUCAUUGGAUGGACCUAGCCAUGCCCCCAUGAAGGGUGAUGUCACUCAGUGUCCCAAGUCACACCUCCACUCAUGAUGUCAUUCAAUGAGACAAGGGCUAUGGGCUGCUCACAGGGCAGGUCCUCACAACCCAACAAGCCCCACCCAUCUGACUAGGGCCUCAUCAGAGGUGGUAAGCCACGCCCACAAUGGUGGUGAUGUCACUGAGCAGAACAAGCCACACCCUAUCUACUGUGAUGUCAUCAAAGGGUCUGCCCAGGUGUCUAGGCAGUGACACCUCCAAAUAGCCCCAGCAGGGGGCAGGGCCUGCAAGAAGCCACCUCUCUAUGCAGUGAUGUCAUUGAAUGCUUGGGUGUGGUUGCCAGAGCUCCUCCUCCUCUGCUGUGAUGUCAUUAAAUGGACUCAGAUGUCACAAGUUGGAGCAGUAUUAACCCCGUGGGUGCUGUCCCCAGUUUUGCAGGUGCCCCUCACUCCCGACCUGCAGCCCCUGCUAGCCCAGCCCUGGGCUCCCUUGCCCCACCUCACUUAUGAGCUGGCUAAAGGUGGGUGCCGUGUCUCCCAGGAGGAGGGAUAGUUGGGGCUGGGUUGGGAGGAAUUCCCUCGGGAGAGCUGGAGACUGCUAGGAGUCCUGGUUCCACCCUUCUCACCCCCGCAGAGACGGGAGGAUACCAUGGCCCUUGAAGCUGCCCCCACCCCCUAGGCCUCGAAGAGCAGCAGACAGAGGGGGAGCCCCCCCAUGUUCAUUCUCUUUUAAAUAAAUUGCAUAAGCUCAUUAAGCCGACCUCAUUUUUGGGAAGGGGAGGGGGUGUUGAGCUAGAAUUCCCAGCAUGCACCGCGCCUGACUGCCCCCCCCGCUAGAAAUUCCUGCAAUUGGGUCCCCAAGGAACUGCAAAUGCCAGCAUGCACUGCACCUUAUCCUCCCCAGGGACCCACGAAUCCUGCCCUCCCACCCCAGGGAACUACACAGCCCAGCAUGCAUUGCUCUUGCUGGGAGGGGUUAUUCGAAGCACUGCUGCUCCAGGAGCCUAGGGCACUGCAAUGCCUAGAAGGCAGGCCCCAGGUCAGAUGACCCAUAGAGACUACAAUUCCCACCAUGCAGU